AUGUCCGCUCUUUUCUCCUUUGUCGGGAAGAAGAUUCUCGCAGAGUCUGCGAGGAAUCAUUUUGGAACAGAGGACCCCUACUUCGAAGAAGUCCCCGCAUCGCGUUUAGGCCGAACGUUUGGCAAGAAAACACAGAAAAGACGCAAGGCCAUUCCGCCUGGUCUCUCUGAGAAUGACAGCAAAGUCCUUACGCGCGUUAAGCGACGAGCAUAUAGACUGGACCUUUGCCUUUUCAGUCUUUGCGGCAUUAGAUUCGGAUGGGGAAGUGUUAUCGGUAUAUUCCCUUUCAUCGGAGAUGCAGCCGAUGCCAUGUUGGCGUUGAUGGUGUUGAAGACCUGUGAAGGUAUCGACGGAGGGCUUCCGGGUCGGCUUCGAACGCAGAUGAUGAUCAAUAUCAUUAUUGACUUCUUCCUCGGACUUGUACCGUUCGUCGGAGAUAUAGCAGACGCCGCAUACAAGUGCAACACGCGAAAUGCCGUCGUUCUUGAGAAACAUUUGCGGGAAAAGGGCGCCCGUACAAUCGCAAGGCAAGAACGACAGCAUGGAACCGACGUUGAUCCAAGCUUGCCAAGCGAAUUUGACCGAUACGAUUCAGAGGCUGGCGUUGGUUCGCGGAACACGAAGCGUGGCAACGACUCAGUCCGCCGGCAAAAGUCAAAGUCUCGCAAGGACCGUGGCGGCAGGUCGGCGGCGCCAGAAACCGACCUUGAGAGCGGAAACCUGGACAACCCUCCAGCCCGAGGAUGA